AAAGUUUGGAUCAAACGGUGGAAGAUGAAAAAGAUUCUGGAAUUAAAAUAUAUUUUAUGCAUGACGAUGGUGAUCGAUUUGAAGAAAUUGAUCGCAGUAGACUCCAAAGUGAAGGUGACGGUAGUGAUUCAGAUAUUCUCGAAAUUAUUUUGGAAUCUGUAUCAAAAAGCAAGGGUAAUGUAUUAAACGAAAAUCACGGCUCACACAGCCACCAAGCACAUCUAAAUCAAUUAUAUGAAGACGCGAAGGCUGAUGAUGAAUCUGAAACUAAGGAAGAUAAUAAACAGCCUACCAAAUAG